CAUGGCAGCUUGAAGCAGAAGGAUUUUUUAAAGUUUUUUCUUGGAAAUAUUGCUUUAAAUGUUACCUACACGACAUCUGAGACGCUUAGAUAUUAUUAGACGACAUCUUCAGCAACAUAAUGCAAGAAAAGUGAGCUCCAAUGCAGAGGAAUAUGAUUAUGAUUUGGUUGUGAUUGGUGGCGGAUCAGGGGGUUUGUCAUGUGCAAAAGAAGGAGCUCAGUUUGGUAAAAGAGUUGCUGUCUUGGAUUAUGUCUCAGCUUCUGCACAAGGUACAACAUGGGGUCUUGGUGGGACAUGUGUGAACGUUGGAUGUAUCCCAAAGAAGCUAAUGCACCAUGCCGCUCAGCUUGGAGAUGCAAUUGAGGUUUCAGAAAAGUAUGGAUGGAUCAUUUCAGGAGAAGUCUCACAUUCAUGGGAGACGUUGGUUCAACAUGUUCAAAAUCAUGUGAAAUCCCUAAACUGGGGCCAUCGAGUUCAACUGCAGGAGAAGAGUGUGAAGUAUUUUAAUGCAAACGGUGCCUUCCAAGAUAAUCACACAAUCAAGGCUACCUCAAAAGAUGGCAAAGAAAUGUUUAUUACGGCAGAGAACAUUGUUAUUGCUGUUGGAGGAAGACCAAAAUAUCCAGAGAAUGUACCAGGUGCAGUUGAGUACUGCGUUUCCAGUGAUGACAUAUUCUCUCUUUCUAAGCCACCUGGAAAAACUUUAGUUGUUGGUGCAUCUUACGUUGCUCUUGAAUGCGCUGGAUUUUUGAAUGGUCUUGGUUUUGAUACCUCAGUAAUGGUUCGUUCUGUUUUCUUGCGAGGAUUUGAUCAGCAAAUGGGAAAUCUGGUUGCAGCUAACAUGCAAUGCAAUGGAACAAGGUUUAUAGAGAAAUCUGUCCCAACAGCUAUAGAGAAAAAUCAAGAUGGAACACUUCAAGUUGAGUGGAAAAAUUUGGAAAGUGGUUAUACACACAGGGAUUUGUUUGACACUGUUAUGUUUGCAAUAGGGAGAGAACCAGAGACCUUGUUCCUACAGCUGGACAACGCUGGAGUUGCUAUCAAUGUGAAUAGCAGAAAAAUAAUUGUAGAUGAAAAUGAAAGAACAUCCGCUUCAAAUAUCUAUGGUAUUGGAGAUGUUAUUCAUAACCGGCCGGAACUAACACCUGUUGCUAUCAUGGCUGGUAAAUGUCUGGCAAGGAGACUCUUUGGUGCUUCAACUCAGAUUAUGGACUAUACUAAGAUUCCAACAACUGUAUUUACACCACUAGAAUACAGUACAGUUGGCUUAUCAGAAGAAGAUGCUUUGAUGAAAUAUGGGGAUGAAAACAUAGAGGUAUAUCAUGCAUAUUACAAGCCAUUGGAGUAUACUGUGGCUGAAAAAGACGCAAGCCAAUGUUAUAUAAAGGCUGUUUGCGACAGACAUAACAACACAGUUUUGGGUCUCCAUUUUCUUGGCCCGCAUGCUGGAGAGGUCAUGCAAGGAUUUGCUGCAGCAAUGGCAUGUGGUCUAUCAUAUGAUCAACUGUCGUCUACCAUUGGUAUUCAUCCAACCGGCGCGGAAGAGAUUGUUAAAUUGAACAUCACCAAGAGAUCUGGGGAAGACCCGACUGUGACUGGUUGCUGAGGUUAACUUCUCUCUGAAAAUGAUGUCAAAUUUUGACACAUUUUUGGAGAUGGUUUUCGGAGCAUUAUCAAGUCAGCAGGUGAUGGUGAACCUCUUAUGAACUAGUUUGUUCUGUUUUUAUAUCUAUGUUUAAACAUUUCUAACUAUAACCACCAUUUGCUAGGCAAAUAAUGCCCAUUUAAACCACCAAUAUUAGGAACCACGUAUUAGUUUAUCAUUGAUGAAAGGUCAUUUUAAAACCUUGGGUGGAGUGACCUGGAAGAUUUCUGUUAGACAAUUUAAAUUUAUAUAAAUUGUACAAAAAUAUCAAAUUAUAUUUAAUUUUGCAUAAUGGCAUUGUCUUAUUCCCUCUAAAGAUUAAAUCACACAAUAUUUAACAAAAUGAAAAUUUGAAUCUUAUUCACAAACAAAUAUAUUCCAAAAUCUACAGUUGUUAGUACAAACUAGAAAUAUAUACUUGCACAUCUAGUGUGUGCAUAUAUUUACAAAGCAUAUUUAU